AUGUCGACACAUGCAACGUUUGCGCUCGGUUGUUUUUGGUGUCCCGAUGCACAAUUUAGCUCGUUGCUCGGCGUUACUCGAACACGUGUCGGCUAUUGUGGCGGUACAAAACCUGCUUCACCUACAUAUAAAAAUCUUGGUAAUCAUUCAGAAUGUGUACAGAUAGAUUUUGAUCCUCAACGUAUCACAUAUAGAGAACUGCUCAAAGCAUUUUGGAGUUGGCACGAUCCACUAAGUCAGUACGGCGAAGGACAAUAUGCAUCGGCAAUAUUCUAUCACACAGAUGAACAGCGUCUGGAGGCAGAAGAAAGCAAACGAGAACGAGAGCGACAUUAUGCACGUCCGUUACAAACACGUAUCGACAAGAUAAAAGAUUUCACACGAGCCGAAGAAUACCACCAAAAAGUAAGAGUUGUUGACAAAGAUGUAUGA